CUGCCAAAACUUUUUUCGCUAUCUCAAAAACGUCGUAGAAACACAUUCCAGACGAUCAGCAUACAGUUCAACUGAUUUUUUAGAAACACCAAAAUCAGUCUAGUUAACUAGCUGUUUUCCGUUCCGUUCAAUCUCUUGCUGUAUAUAAAUGUUAUGACAUCAACGGAUAAAGACAAAACACCCCCUAAACUUGUCCGUUUAGCUGUGUAUGGGCUACCCAGUCCACAAAUAAAAGCCAUAAACCCUAGUAUUCAAAACAGCAGUCUCACCAAUUCCCAAAGGCCGACCUAUUCGGACAGAAGAAAAAAAUUUUCGCCUCGUAAGUGUGCUUAACACAUUUUCCAAGAUGUACGAAAAGAUAAUAAAAUAUCAAGCUAGUCCACAUCUCGAGAAAACACUGUCUAGAUUUAUUUCUGUUAAAUUUUUGAACCAAAUUGCAAUUGACUUAUUGUCAAGCGGAAAUUUCGUACCCUUCACCGUCCAAAAUAAUCUGUCAAUUAACGUCCCUGCUUCUACUGUAUCCUGCACGAUCUUUAUCAGGAUUACCUGAAGGGUCAGUCUGACGUCUCAUUCUUUUCGUUUUUUACAUCAAUGACCUGUUUUGUUUCAUCAAAGGAGUUCCUCUUGUAAACAACGCAGAUUACAGUAUUUUAACCCAUUUCAACACAAGCCUGCCGCAGCUAGUUAAUGUUUUGAAAAAGAGGCGAACAUCAAUAAUCAAGAGGACUGUAUUUCCUUGCGUUUCCCCGUGUUCUGUCUGUUUAUUUAUCGGGUAAAGCACAUCGCCAAUAGAAUAACUGAUAAAGAAUAUUAUUGAUACAUAAUUAUAUAGUGUUUAUAUCGCAAAUAAAUACAUGCGAGGUAGUCAAUUUAACUACAUAGAAUAACGUUUUGAUAUUAAUAUGCCAUCUUACCUGUGAAAAUUAGAGGUCUUGAUUUUCUUGAUGUUUGAUUUCUAAUAUUAACAUACGUUGAAGAUUUUUAACAAUUUGAUCAUUUAAGAUUGUUAAUUCGAAGAAGAAGAUUGCUUCCAACAAGUUCCAACAACAAUGAAAACAAAAGAAUAUGUGAAAACAUGAAAACGAGAUAAAGUUUUUAUUCAAAUCUUCAAAAUUUUCCACGAAAUAAAAUUGAUUAUCUUAUUUAUCCUGUUUAUUAGAGAUUGAAAGACAUUUGUGUGUUUCUUUGUUUUUGGUUUUAUUUCUGAUUCAGAUUAAUGUCAACAAUCUAUUUCCACAAUGAACGGUUGAGUUUUGCCAAAUUUGUACACCAGUAGAUGCCUCCCAACAGGUUACGGAGAUCGCAAGGAAUACAAAUCCCGUCUCGAAUUUCCAGUUGCCACCGAGUUUAAUGAGCGAUUUAAAAUUCAAACAAGAAGAAGGCAUAAAACGAUACGCUGUACGUUUUCUUAGUUUGAAGAUCCUGUGCACGAGCAGCUGCUAAUAAAUAUCGUAAUUCCUUGAUAAAUAGAAAUAAUUGAACGCUGACAAGGUGUAUGUCCUAUACAUUCUAUGCUAUUCAUUGUGCAAUAAAAUAUUCACGUUUAGACUUUGCAUUUUGGUAGCUGCUUUCACAUUGUAAUUUGCUUAUCGUGAGGCGUUGCCAGAUACAGCUCAAGGUAUUCUAUUAUGUUACUAGAAUUCAAAGGGGAUUGAGGCGACCAACGCCGAGCGCUAUUUUUUUUGCCUUGGCAACAACAGGUGGCUCUCUCUUUGAUAAAAUGAAAAUUUACAGAGCUUUGUUGAUCCUCGCGUUUUAAAAGAGGAAAAGCCAUUUCAUAGGUUGGGUGCAUCACUUUGCCGGAAUAUACCAUCUUCCUCCAGGAUUUUUUGCAACUCAAAAUGAGCCAACGAUUUUCUGCUUUGCAUUGGAAACUUUUUUAGAAGAGUGCCAAAGAAAUUCUAAAUUGUGUCAUGGAAGGCAGAAGCAGGUAAAUGCUUCAUAUUACCGAUUUUCUUUUAUACCAAAUAUCUGGUUCUCUUUUAUGCAAGAUGUCUUAAACGAGUGAUCACUUUACUUGGAAGAUUAAGCUGUAAAAACAAUAUCUCUAUCAUUUUAUCUGCAAACAUGUCGGGACACAAUCAGAAAAUCGUUUUAUAUCAAUUCUAUUGCUUGUGUAGAUCAGAACAACAAGAGGCAAACCCACACGAUAGUAUACAUAUCUAUGAAGCGAUAGCAAUGGUGAAGAAACUUGGUUUAUCCGUUAAAAAAGACCAAGAAAAAGUGAUAAAUUUGUGCAUAGAGCUUGCAACGCUCAAGCAAGAAAUAAACAGAAUGCGAAACAUGCUUGGUCUGAAAAAUGGGAGAAUAAAGAAACUUAAGAAGCAGUUAAAAGAAAAUAGGAUAUCAGCAGGGAGCGAAGAUGAUGAAACUGAAUCGGUACAAUUUGACUCAGCAGAAAAUGCAUACAAUAUUGGUAGAUGUGACGAGUUUACUCAAACAGAUAUUCUUGAAUUAGUAGAAGAAGCUACAAUGACAGACGACCGGACGGUUGAUCUAAAGGAUCAACAUACGAUGACAGACGACCAUAAAUUGGGGCACAAGGAUGCAGCCGCCAUGACAGAGAGCCUUUCGGUGGAAAAUCGAGACCAAAGUACAUCAACCGAUAUAAGCGAAGAGAGGCAAGAGAACAAAGAUGAUUAUGAAGCACCUCUAGUCAGUUCUUUCAUACAAACGGAUGAUGCUGAAACUGCUGAAAUCGGAACCCAGACUCAUGAACAUAAUAAUGCCAAUAGCUCCCAAACAGAUCCUGUUGUUUCACAUACAAUGAACACCAUUAAAUAUGCUUGUAGUAUGAUUGAGCAUUCACUCAACUUCCAAAAAGAGCUGUACAGAACGAACGUUUUAACGCAAACGGACCAAGAAAAUAUGAUUGACAAAUGGGAAGAGCGCAACGGUUCUGCAGACAGCUCCUCAAAACUACCUCCAAUCAUAAGAGAUGGGUCAUCAAAAGCUCAAAGGGCGUUAGGGAAUAACAAAAACAGUCACUAUCAUAAGCAGUGCAUUCCACCAAAAAAAAGAGGGAAAACCUGGAUAUUCUAGAAGAAGUGUCACAAUUGCAGCAGAGGUAGCAGGCGGAGCCACAUCUUAUCGGAAGCGAAGAACUUUGGUGCCCAAGUAACCGACCGACACAAUUGAACUGACCCUACACACACGAAGUUCUGCAAUGAUAAUUAAAUAAAUUUAACCAUUUUCAACAGGCGUUAGCUAAAAGCAAUUCUGGUAAAAGUUUAAACCAGCCACUCGAAUCAUCUAGUAGCCUAGUCAUUUUCUUGUUAAUGUUAUAAAAUGAUAAAACGUU